AUGCCAGGGAUUGAACAAAAUGAAGAUCAACCAGACUGCGGAAAAUAUACUGUGGAACUCGGAGUAGCAGCAAGAUUUGAGAACCCUUGGGAAUUAUAUGCCCAACCUGUGCAAGUACAGUAUGCAAGAAAAGGAAUUAGGGAAAGUGCAAUUAAAGAAGAAACUCAUUGUGAAUGUGAGAGUUUAGACUUGAGUUUGUCUAGUCUUUCUGAAUCUAGUCAAAAUCGGACUCAGACCGAUAAUAACGUUGAGGUCAGAAACAUUUUCAAUGACACUUCAAAUAUGGAAUUAAAUUUAGCAGAGGCCACAUCAACAUCUGAACAGACAGAAAAUCAAACAAAAAACGGAAUACUAUAUACUUUUGAGGAAAUUGCGUCUGUGGACAGGAAAUACAGUAUUGAUGAAUUAGAAGAUACUCUGGCGACAGAUAAUUUUGAAAUAAGUAGUAAAUUAUACCCAUCAGACUCUGGUAUUGACAAUGUAAUGAAUCGUAAUUACGAUAUGGCAAGCUCCAAUACAUCUAACAUGUCUAUGGAUAAAACGCUAAGUGAAUCUGAAAAUUCUUUGGAACACUUAAACCUUACCAGUUCUAGUGACAAUAUGAGUGGAAUCAAUAAACAGGAUCAAAGUCAGUCAGAAACUGUCAGUUCUCCAGAUACCACACUUGAAACGGAACCGCAAACCAAACCAAAAGCCAAGGGAAAGGGUAAAGGAAAAGGCGGUUCAUCAAAAUUAACAUCUUAUCUGAAGGGAUUGACUAAAAAACAUAAGGCUACAGAUGCAAAUCAAACAGAGACUACAAAACAUGUUUCUGAAAAUGAAAAGAUUAAAAAUUGUGACAAAUCUACGGACGGUGAGAAUGUGGAAUCAAGUGAAAAAAGAGUGGUCUUGAAUGAAAUAAGUGAGCUAAAAUCCAAUAUUACAGACCCUCAGUCUCAAACAACCGACUUAUUGUCCGUAAUUGGUUCAAGUGUAGACCCCAUUAACAUUGAUGGAAAUAAAUUCGUAAAUAGUGUGGAGAAAAUGUCAGACAAACCUAACGGAAUAAAUGAUUUAUCUACUGAAUAUACAAAUCCAAAUUCUCCGAGUGUUACGAUGGAUAUUAAUCAGACGGCAACCUCCAUAUUGUCAACUGUACCUCAAUAUACCACAGUUAGCCACCAAACGGUAAAUAAAGACAAUGUUCAAAUUAAUACUAGCGGUGAAAAUAUUGAUUUCAAUGUGUUGAGUAGUUCUCAAAUAAAAUCAGAUGAUGUGAUAACUGAAACUAGGAACAAAUCUGAUUUAAACUUCCAAAGUGACAGUAAUGAUGAAGGAAGUAAAAAAUUAGAUUCAUUUUUCAAAAAUGUGAAAUCUGAAUCGGAAGGCAAACCACGUAAAGGGGAGAAGUCUAGUAUUAGUGGUGAAAGCGUGAAUAGUGGUAUGGAUAUAUCUAAUACAUUACAGACCGAUACUCUAAGUCCAAUUUUAGUGGAAUUUUCUAAUUCGGAAAGUAAGAUGGAUGAUAGCUUUUCUUUUGAUGUGUUUUCCUCUGAUCAGACGAACUCAUUAGAGCCUGGGAUUAACAACAUGUCUGCUGGUAAUAAUGUGUUUGAUGAUAAAAGUUUAGACUUGGAGAAUCAGUCUUUAGUUACUCCAGAAAAGGAAGAAAGUCCUGCCAGUGUGAUAAGUGAUAGUGGAUUUUUGUCUCAAGGAUCCUUUAUUGAGGAUAGCAAAAUUAGUGAAUCAUUUUCUAAUGAUCAGCUCAAAAGUCCUAAUUCCGAGGGCAAUAAUUUGGAAUCCAUUAUAGAAGUGUCUCAAGCUGAUUCAAUGAUUAUGGAUUCUGUGUCCUCUCCAAGUCAGACUUCAUAUGUUAAUGACUUUCUAGGCAAUGACUCUUUUUCAAUGUUACAAAAUGAACCAAACUUUCCAGAAAUUGGACUUAAAAAGGCUGUCAAGGAGGAUUCCUUUGAGGAUGACUUAUAUGAGGUAAAUCCUAGUAUUAUUUAUGAAAGUACUGACAUUCAAGACCGCUAUUUUGACCAGACGCCAUUAUGUGAACAACCAAUCAUUGAAGAGGAUGAGAGUUUGAUAUCACCUCCUUUUGCUUCAGAUGAUUUGCCUGAAAAUGGAACCAACCAGUUUCAAUUUGGUGAUGAUUUUGUUGAUAUUACUCCCCAUAGUCAAACUCAAGACAAUGAUGAUAAGGAUUUUGUGGAAGUGUUUAAAAAGGAUGAUAAUGAAACUUCACUUAAAGAAAAUCAGGAUUCUUGGCUGGAAGAAUGUGUAGAUGCAACAGACGUGGCUGAAAGUGGUAAAUAUUUACCAGAUGAUAAGGAUUCUACACUUGAGGAUAGUUAUGUUGAGGUUCAACAAGAUGAUUACCAACUGGAUGAUCAGAAAAUGUCUGAUGAAAAUCUUGAUGGACCAGAUGUUGUGGACGAGAGGAAUUUUGGAAAUGAUUAUGAAAUUGUUUUAGGAAACAAACCAAUGAAAGAAUUUACUGUAGCUGAUUUCACCAACCCUGACAACCAAAUUUCUGAACGAACUCUGGUAGAAAGACAGCUCAUGGAUACUGCGUUGGUAUCAGAUCAUUUUGGUAAGGAUACUUCAUAUAGGGGAGACACAGCAGAACCAAUUGAAACAAACAAGGAAUCAGAACUACUAGAUGCACCAAAGUCAGAUCGCAUUGAUGAAGAUUCCGAAUUUUCCAAAACUAAUAUAUUGGAAAACAUUGCAGAUAUUGAAGAGUUUGUGACAGAAACAUUACAGAGUGAACAACAGUCUUCCUCGUUACUUGAUGAACAUAUCUGUAGUGAUAAUGUGGAAAAAGAGCAUUUAGAUAGUGAACAUGUAGAUAAUGAACAAUGCAGUCUUGUAGAAAGUCCUGAUACUGAAAACUUUCAAGAGAAAUCUGAUAUCCAUGAUCCUUAUGAUGAAUUCUUUGAUGAAAUUGAGAAAACUGAUCAAGUUACUGAAUCUUACUUGGCAAUAAAUGAUCAGUUGAAAGUUGAGGAUCUAAUGACAAAAAAUUUGACAACAAAUCAGGAUGAUGUACUUGAACUUGAAGAAACUCCAAAAUAUGAGUCAAAUAGCAACUCAGUCAUCACAGAAAAUUUUGAUUUUGAGCCAGAUGAAACCAUCAGCAAAUCAGUGACAAAAAAUGAUGAAAUUCCAGAAGAUAAUAUCAAUAUCGAAUCAAUUGCCACUGAAAACUAUGAAAUUACAAAGAAUCAAACCAACAGUGAAUCAAACGCCACAGAAACUAAUAAAAGCCCAGAGGAACUUACCAACAUUGAAUCAGGGACUACAGAAAUCCAUCAAAUUCCAGAAGAUGAGACCAAAAGCCAAUUAUUCACCGCAGAAUAUGAUGAAAGCACAGAAGAUCAAACCAACGGUGAAUCAGAGACUACAGAAAGUCAUCUAAUUCCGGAAUAUAAUACCAUGAAUCAAUCAUGCACCGCAGAAAAUGAUGAAAGCACAGAAGAUCAAACCAACGGUGAAUCAGGGACUACAGAAAGUCAUUUUAUUCCGGAAGAUGAUACCAUGAAUCAAUCAGUCCAUAGAGAAAAUUAUGACAAUAUUUUUGUUGAAGAGGUUGUGAAUAAUGAAAAUAUUGACCAAUGUAAGAAUGAGUUAGCAGAAGUGAAACAAAAUGAGUCUUCAGAAAACAUGGAGGGAGGACUAGGAAAUAAUGAAGAAAUAGCGGAUUUUGAAGAAAUUCAGAAAAAGAAUAUGGAAAUGUUUAUGAAACUUCAAGACAAUGAGGCCACAUUACUGAACCUGCAAGAUGAAAUCAUAAGGUCAUCAGAAUUUAUGGAUGAACCAAGAGAUCAUCAAAAUACUCACUCUGAUGACAAUCAUACUGAAGAGGACAAUAAUGUCUCAAAGGAUGUGGAUGAUUUGGCAACUAUGUCAGAAAAUAUCAUCAGGGAUUCAGUAGAUAUGCACCAAGAAACUGACAGUCAAGAAUUCCACCAGAAUGACCAAAUAAUUGCAACUUCCACACCUCAAGCUUCUAGUCUUCCACAUUAUAUGCGUCAACAGGAUGUCACCCCUGUGCAAACCAAACCACCACUACAUGAAAGUCUUUCAAAUCAAAAUACUCCAUCAAAACAAUCUAAGGAUCGUUCAAAAUCUUUCAAUGAGAAGGACCAUGAGAGUUCUUACUCUGAGUUUGAUGAAGACAUUAUAGUUGAACCUAUUAGUAAUUUACGCAAAAUGUUUGAGAAUUCUAGAGAUGAGACCAUAAACAUUUCACCUACAAAAAGUAGUCCCAAACAUAACCAAUCAAAAUAUGUGGACAAUAAAACUGAAAAUGUUGACAUCGAAGUGAUAAGUAGUGCAACGCCUCUUGAAGAGGUCACUCAGCCUUCCACGAGUGUCCGUAACAUGCUUCGAAUGUGGGAAAUUAACAAAAAAGAGCAAGAGGAAAUGUCUCCAAGACCGUUCAAUAAACUGUCUAAAAAAUGGCACAGUUGUGGACAUAUUUAUUACAAAAGUGAUAAUGAGGCUGAUUCAUGGGGAAAUGGUGUGACAGAUUCAGACGGAAUGGCAGGGCGACCUAGCAGUAAUGACUCAGAUUCCAGACAACAAAGACCAAAUAAGGUACUAACUUUCUCCAUUUGA